GAAAAGAAGGCGAGAAGCUUAAUAUAUGACGAAGUUGUGAAGCAACUUAACAUGUAAGAAAAGAUCUCAAGAUAUCGGGAACGCCACUCCCGGAUGUAUCAAGAGAUAAUUUGCGUAAAAAAACUUAGAUGGCCGUGAAGUUCUACAAAUUGUUUGAAAGGUUAUAGAUCACUUCACUGUAAAGUCCAAUUUGGAUUUCACUGAUGAUCCCGAAGAGCAAAACGAGGAUAAUCCUUCCAAUUCGGAAACAAACCAGAUUAAUGAAUCGGACGCGCAAGCCAUACUAGCUGAGGUUAGUAAAAUCAAAACAUGUAAUCAGGUUGGUGUUAGAACGGUUUCCCUGUCUAUCUUUUGGGAGUAG